GUGCUUGACAAACACACUUGCUUUACUAAUGAAACGCAAAAACACUCAGCUUUGUCAUCUGUUUCACUUACUAAGAUAUACCGAAUUUCAUACUGCUAUAUAAUCAGCUAAUAAAAAAUCUUCGUUCGAAAGGAAUGUGGCAAUUUAUAAUUUUACUAGAGUAAUAUCGUGUGGUAAUCAGAUCCCUUAUAGAGUCACCGCGAAUUAACGUUACGGAAGGCGAUGAAAUGACGGUGUAUAAUUUAAUUAAGGCCUUGUACCUGCACGUGUGGCCGAGGCACAGCGAGGAGGUUACACAGGUGCGGGUGCCGUGUUCACCUGCCACUCACUCGCUCUCCCGAACAAACAGCGGGUGCCAGAUUUCCGUGUGAGUGACAUGUCUAAUUGAGCGGCGUGCCACUCACCAGGAGGGUCUAAUAUGCGCCACACAACGCUAUUCACUCAUGUGCAAAUUUGUACUCAUCGCCAAGGACGACAAGAAGAGGCCUAUAUAACGAUGGCCGGUGUGCGGUUGAUCACUAGCAGGUAAGCGGUAAGGUAAACCUCGUCUACCUCCGGUCAGGUAUACAUUUACAGUUCACUUGUACAGUCACGGUAGAAAAUAAUCUCGUUCCUCUCGAGGUUUUACGAGUAGUAGGUUAUUUCUCUCUUAUAAUUCAUGUAGAGUUGAUUUCUAGUGGUAAUUCUAAAAAUACACGUGUGGUACGAAAAGAUAAAAUUUCAGUCGAAUUCGAAAGAUUGCCAUAUUUUGGUUUCUAAUGGCAUGCCUCUGAGAGAUUUAUGAUUACAAAGUUAUUUCUCUUUUAUAAUUAAUUUACAGUUGAUUUCGAGUGAUAAUUCGGAAAAAAAUAAAUUCAUAUUCAUGGUAAGAUAAGAAACAGUUUCAGUCGGACUCCAAAGAUUGCCAUAGUCUAGUUCCUGAAGGAAAGUUAAAAUAAGGAGCGAUAUUACUUCCUUUCGCGGCUGUACAUGGCUACUGACCGAUGUGUUUCCUUAAUUAUCAAAGCAAUAUUGGUAAAGUUAAAAGCUAGUCGAUCUGUAUAAUAUUUUUCAUAACUUUAAUGUGAUUCAGAUAUGUUGGAAAAGUUAUAAGUUUGUCGUAUAUCUUCAGAAAUGUUGUAGUUCACGUUUGAUUCAUAAAUAUUUGGAAAAAAAAAUAGAAGCAAGUCGUUCUCUGGCACAUUUUCAGGCGCAUCAUUUUUUUUUUUUUCGGGCUUCAGAAAUGUUGGAAAAAACUGAAAGCUAAUUGUGUAUUUUCAUGAAUGUUGUAGUUAAUUUGGUUUCAGAAACACUGGAAAUGAUACAAACUAGUCGUUCUGUGGCAUGUUUUCAGGAGCAUCAUAGUUUCUUUUCAGGUUUCAGAAUUAUUGAAAAAUUGCUUUUAGAUUCAGGAUUUAUAGAAAAGUAUUCUACUGUAGUCUUGAUAGGUUUAGGAAUUGCUAGCGGUGGCUUAGUGGUCAGAGCUCUAACGUAGUGGUAUUGGAGCCCUGAGUUUGAAUCCUGCAGGAAACUUGCCAAAGAACAUCCAAAUGGCUCCUGUCAAUCUUAUCUUCGACGGUGCCUGCAUAGGGAAGCUCUGGAGGGCGGUGCGAGCCUCUGCUUGUAUGUCACUAAAAAUCUGAGCAUGGGCAACCACCAAUAUAAGAGAUCAACCAACUGAGCUUCCACAAAUAUAAGAAAGAGGUCGACUAACUGAGCCUCCACGAAUAUAAGGAAGAGGUCGACCACUGAGCUUCUGCAUAUACAAGAGAUCGACCAACUGAUUCUCCACAAACAUAAGAGGUCAACCAUUUAAACCUUCAGACAGUUGCACCAGAAUACCCUAUCAGUGCUAUAGGCCAAGAACAUGAUGAAAAAAAAAAAAAGACCUUGCUCUCAAGACAAGGCGAAGGUCAAUUGUUAGUAACACAAGUGGUGGUGAUCCUGACAACGACAGACGGUGGACCUGGCGACAAGCAGCCCAUCAAGAGAGGUCGAGAGAGGUAACAGACAACGUAAUCGAGGGCGAGCUGCGACCCAACUGACAGGAAGGCGGGGGAUGUUACGUGCUCACGCGUGGUCGGGUUGAGAUCUCGGAAACAAUCUCGAAGCAGCCGCACAAUGAACGAGGGAACAAUUACACAUUUAGAGGUACAAAAUAGAAGAAAGUAACAAGGGUAUUAUUCUUUGGAAUCCGAAAACAAUCUCAAAUCAUAAUGAACAAAGAAACGAUAACACCUUUAGAAUUACAGGAUAGAAACUUUAGAAAGUAACAGGGGCAUCAUUCUUUGGAUCUCGGAAACAAUCUCGAAUCAUAAUGAACAGGAAAACUGUAACAUCUUUACAAUUACAGAAAGGAACCAUGAGGAAGUAAAAUGGGUAUUAUUAUCUGACCGGGAAAUGGUGUUGUGGUUGGAACAAGUAUAUUUUGAAGAGACACAUUAUGAAGUAUUUCGUGAUGUGCCUGUUUGCUGGAGGCUUGUCAUCUUUCCAGAUCAGUGCAGCACCUGUGGAUACUUGCCUUGCAGCGGCGCCGCCUCAUCUAACCUCACAAUGAUGCUUAAGUUCCUCUUCUACUUCACGGUGGCGUGUGGAGCAGUAAGCCUGACGGAGGCGGCAGUUGACUGUUCGGGCGGCGAUGGCUUCAAGUGUGAGAGCUGCUCCACCCUGGCCCUGUGUUCCGGAGGCAGCGUGGCCAGCACCUUCUCGUGCCAGAGUGGCGAGCUGUGUGAGGAGGGCUCAGGUGGUACCGGCUCCUGCAUGCUCGCCAGCGACACUUCGAGGACCAAAUGCCAGUGCAGCUCCUUCCCCUCCUACGUGGUGGACUCCUAUGACCCACAGAAUUACCUGCUGUGCUUCUCCAACACACUGCAAAUCCCUCUCAGCUGCGCGCCAGGCGAGGAAUUUGACACGGCCACCAACGCAUGUAAGGCUGUUCCCACCACCUCCACUGUCACCACCACCGAAGUGACCACCACCACCCAGCCCACCGUCACGUGCACAGAGGACGGCCUCUUCCCCCUGCUGCCCAGCUGCUCCGGCUACUACGCCUGCUACACUGUCGGGGGCUCGGUGAUAUCUACUGGCGUCGUGUCCUGCAGCGACCCUACACCAGUCUUCGAUCCCGACACCUCGUCCUGCGUGGCUAGCAUCACCGGUCCUGCAACACCAACCUGUGGCGCCACUGACAUUGUCACGGCGGACACCGUGGAGUGCAACGCGUUCUACGUGUGCAGCAACAGCGCCACUGUGGGGGAGAAGAUCUGCUGCGGCGAGGGCCAGGUGUUCAAUCCCGUCACCAUAAGCUGCGAGACGGACACCGGCAGCGUCACCUGUCCCACCGUCAAUCCCUGCUACACUGGUGAGAUCGAGAAGAAAUGCCUUCCUCCCACUUGUUGAAGAGAUUCAUUAUAAUGCAGCAAGUUUAUCUCCAUCCCCAACAGUACCUCUCCAACACAAACCACGGUACGAAGACUCCAACUUGCUGUGUGCGUCUUGCAGCCAAAUAUCACCCAUUGCUGAUGUGUAGCGAAUCCUGGAGUUGAAUAAACGUACAACAGCAACUCGAACAAGUGUUCUUUUUCUAUUUCCUUUCUCAGUGGCCGUCAAA